AUGCGAUUUUCAACUUAUUUUUUAGUAUUAAUCUUAAAAGUUUUAAUCAAAAACACAAUAAUUGAGAAGUAAUCAAAUAUGCAAAGUAGACAGAUAUGGAUUUAUGAUUUAGUUUUAUGAAAAUUUAACAUCUCCAAUCUUAAAAACAUCAAUUAUUGAGUUUAUGGAUGAAAAUUGCUUUAUAUUUGAUGAUGAUGUUUAAUAUACAUAAGAAUAAGAUUAAUAAUUUUUAGGAACUAAUAUCUUCUUAAUUUGAUAAAAUGUUUAAUGAAUAUGGAUUAGCAUAUAUAAUUGACUUGAUCAAUCAUUUUAGUAUGAGCACAUUCUCAAAAUAAGCAUAUUUUCUAAUAGAUAAUUUCAGUUAAUGA